AUGCCGAGACCAACUUUAAAACCGCUAGGCCUGCCACUUAUAACUAACUACUCGUCUGAUGGGUCUGUACCCAUAUACUGUUGCCAAGUGGAGGAUGAAGUAGCGGAGCUUCAAGCUGCGGAGCAGCAAAUUACCCUCUGGUUUGCCGCGGGAAAACGGCGGAACCCAGUAGGCGCGGGGCGCCCUACUGGAAAAGAACUGAGUUCUGUUGAUUCUCUAGCAAGUAUAAGCAAACAGGUCCCAGCCUCAAAGAGAUCUGAACUCUCAAAAACGGAACGAGAAUGCAAGCCACGCUUGCUAGUCGUCGAAGGGACGGUUAAAAGCUAUGAUAAGCCAUGGAUCAUUUUGAUCGAUUCGGGGGCAUCGGGCAAUUAUGUGCGCCGCGCCACCGUGGAAGGUAGUCAGCAGUAUGCUGAAGCGCUUGUAGCGCGCGAUAGUGACACAGUCACAGUUCGCUUAGCGAAGGGUACGCGUGUUACGGUACCCAAAGUCCCGAUGGACUUAAAUGUAAAGUUCUCGGACUUAACAGUUGGAACGCUGUUUGGUCUUAGACCUGGAUGCGAGGAAGCAAAAGCGCUUUUGGCGCGGUUAUUGGACCGAGUCGGUCAAUAUGUUGGAUGUCGGAUAUCCGACUUUGUAGACAAUGUAAAUGCCGAGUACAAUAGUCCUGGGCGAGGCCCAAUGACUGUCGAUAGUGUGGUUGAGAACCCACUAGAUGGCACAUAUGACAUGUGUCAUGAGAAUGAUGUUAAAUCAUUAAACAUUGUGAGUGGUGUUGGUGGCUGCAAGCCAAGAUGUCAGGACGUGAGUCCAAGUGACAUGGGUGACGAGGAACUGACCCUGGAGGGCCGGGUGAAGUCACAAAUGGAUGUUGUCUUUAAGGACACCGAGGUGCAUGCACCUAACGCCGAGGUACUGACCCUGGAUGGUCGGGUGAAGUCAUCAAUGGAUGUUAUCUUUGAGUAUAACGAGGUGCAAGUACCUCAUGACGAGGUACUGGCUCAAGAGGUUCGGGUGAAGACAAAAAUGGCGGGUGUCUUUAAGGACAACGAGGUGCGAACACCUCAUGACGAGGCAUUGACCCAGGAGGGUGGAGUGCAGUCGUAA